GACACCAUCGAGUGGUUUCGCUUCGAGGUGACUUGUGUUCGGGGAAAAUAAUUUUUUUCCGUUCCAAGACUCGAGAGGAAUCAGAAAUUGUUCUUCCAUACAGAAGCAAAACACUGGAAGGUUUCCGCUGAAGCUGAGCUCGAUUCCGACAUCUCACUCUGAAAGAUGGGAGGGAGUCAGUCCACUCGUAGAGUGACGAUCAUCAACGAGACCAGUCCGGACAUCAUCACGAUAUCUGACGAUGUUGCUCAACGACUCAAGAAUCAAGCUUCGGCUCAGCCAAUGAAUGCGGCGUCCGCAACGCCAUCGCGCCCUGCUCCUGCUGCUGCCGGCUAUCCGUCGUAUAGCGAAAUGAGCGGCAGGUCUCACCAACAAGAUAUGGAGAAACUUGAUCAAGAGUGGAGGGGCCGACUGGACGAUCUGGCAAAUCAAAACAAGCAGCUCUAUAAACUGGCAACUGAUAAGUUCACCGGGAGCGUUGCCGAAGUUCAUCAGAAGUAUGUUGGCGACCGUCAUCAGGCUGUGUGCCAAAACACGCAGAACGCUGUCAUGCAAUGCUAUAGGAAGAAUCAAAAGAAGCCGCUGGAGUGCUCGAGAGAGGUGGUUGCGUUCCAGAAUUGUGUGAGUGCUACCAGGCUCAACCUCUCCGCGAGGUAGAUCCACCCGAUGCAAAGACGCGGAACUCUGUGAAAAGACGAUCCAUCAGGAGCUGAGAGGAGCGCCAACACGCCCGUAUAGAUCGAGUGCAGUCUUGUUGAGUGAGAAUGUAUAGGGUAAUAAAGUUUUUAUUCGAAU